AUGGUCCUCUAUAGCUUCUACAUCUUCGACCGCCACACCGAGUGCAUAUACAGCCGCCGCUGGGCCCCGCGCCCAUCAUCCUCCUCCGGCACAACCACCGCCUCCAGGACCACACGGCCCACGUCCGGCGCAUCGCUGACCUCCACCACCCCCAACGACGGCCCCGGCGCCCCCGCCACCCACCGCGGCCUCUCGCACGCCGACGACGAAAAGCUCAUCUUCGGCCUCGUCUUCUCCCUGCGCAACAUGGUCACCAAGCUCGGCGGCUCCGACGACACCUUCCUCUCCUACCGCACCGGCGAGUACAAGCUGCACUACUACGAGACGCCCACGCGCAUGAAGUUCGUCAUGCUCACCGACACCAAAGUCCCCAACCUGCGCCAGUACCUGUACCAGAUCUGGGCGAAUCUGUACGUCGAGUAUGUCGUGAAGAAUCCCCUCGCGCCGACCGAGCACCCCGGCGGCAUUGGCGUUUCGAAUGAGCUGUUUGAGAGGGGGCUGGAGGCGUUCCUGGGCGCGGUGCUGCCGGUUUGA